AUGGUUGAGAAACGAGAUGUCAAGGCUCUCGAGGCAGGAAUCUCUGCCGAUCACAGUGGGUCUGAAGAGGCAUCUUUACAGCAGCAUGUUUACCCUCAUGGAUGGAGGCUCUUCGUGACCACCCUUGGUCUUUUCAUCAGUCUUUACUUGGUGAAUCUCGAAGUCACGAUUGUCAGCACCUCCCUGGUCACGAUAACAGAUGACCUGGGAGGGUUCAACAAGACCAGUUGGGUAGUCACUGCGUAUUUAACCACCUACACCGGUAGGAAAUCGCCCCGUUCUUCUGCUGUCCAACGCCUUCUUACGCAGUGUAGGCUUCAUUCCCUUCUGGACCAGAAUCAGCGACUUGGUCGGACGAAAGAGAACGAUCAACGCGGCGUUAUUCCUUUUUCUCGGCUUCUCGUUAGCAUAAUCAUCUUCAGAGCCCUUCAAGGCUUGGGAGGCGCAGGCGUCUACCCGCUCAGCAUCCUGUGCACCUACGAAGUUGCCCCUAGAGAGAAGAUACCGAUCUAUGGCGGUCUCAUGUCAGUCGCGGUGGCACUGGCCUCUCUGUCGGGGCCUAUAAUCGGAGGAGUCCUCGCCGACCAUUCUUUGUGGCGAUGGGUCUUCUAUCUCAAUCUACCCCCUACCGCAUUGGCAAUCUUGAUCAUUGCCAUCGCGAUGCCCACCAACUUCGGCACGACGCCCCCAGGAUCCCUGCGCCAGCUCAUACCCAACAUGACCUUCUUCCGACGCAUCGACGCCCCCGGUGUCUUUCUCCUCCUCGCCGCAUCUUUCCUCCUCGUCACCGUUCUCAACGAAACCUUUGUUGCCUUCGAAUGGAACUCCAAAAUCUCUAUCAUCCUCCUAUCCCUCUCCGGUGCGUCAUGGAUUACAUUCUUCAUCUGGGAAUGGCUCAUCAUCGACAAAUGGGAUGGAUACUACCCCAUCUUCCCAAAACGCUUUCUCUACAAUCGAGCCUGGAUCGGAGUGUUGGUAACAACCUUCGUCAGCGCCUGCCCCUGGAACGUAAUCAUCGUCUUCCUCUCUCAACGCUUCAUCGUGCUCUCCCAACUCUCCCCCCUCCAAGCCGGCAUCCACCUAAUUCCCUACUCCGCCGUCUCGACCGUCGCCACCGCCAUCGCCAACCUCGCCUGCCUAAGAGGCCGCAUUGCAUUCAUCUACAUCGUCCUGUUCGGCUCCAUCCUCCACACCGUCGGUAUGGCCCUCCUCUCCACCAUCCCCGCGACCAUAGGGUCGGGAUCCUUUCCUAUCGAAGGGUACGGGUACGAAGCGAUCGCAGGCGCCGGGGUGGGCAUCACAAUCGGGAACUUACUUCUCGCUGUACCGUAUAUUGUGGACGCUGCUGACCUCUCAACCGCAACCGGCGCCCUCAAUCAAUGCCGUUUCCUCGGCGGCGCAGUAGGCCUCUCCAUCGCCUCAAACCUCCUCAACGGCCGUCUCAAGAAUCGUCUCUCGGAGGUCCUUCCUCCCGAAAAGCUCGGCUUGUUACUUCACAGCGCGAGCUCGAUCGCCUAUCUACCCGAACAAAUCCGCGACUUUGUCUUAGACGUGUUUGCGGGAAGUUAUCGGCUUCAGAUGCAGGUUAUGAUUGGGUUUGCGGGGGUGCAGGUUCUGGCUUGUUUGUUGAUGAUUAGGAGGAGAGGACAGUAUGUUGCGAGUGCGAGUGGGGGUUAG